UUUUUUAAUAAACAUUUUUUUUUUUUUUGGGUAGUGAUAUGGCAGGCCCAGGCACAAGAACGCUGCAUAGAAGAACAAGUUCGUUAAUGGAUGUGGCACCAACACUUGCUCGAUUUAUGAACCAAAUCAGUGAAGACUUUUCCGCACUUGCAGGGCCAGAAUCACAACGUACAGCUGUUACCGAAGAGGAGGAUGACGACGGGGAGGAGCUCUUUGAUUUUACCAAGGUCAUUGAAAUUGGAAAGAACAUGCGAAGCUUCAGUGAAGGAUUUGUAGGAAAUGGUAUACGUAUCUUGAAUGAUGUAGCGACUCGUAUCAAGACCAAUACGGAUGAAGACGAUCAAGAGGAGGAUGUGAAAGAAGAGAAUGAAGAAGGAAACUGGAUCAAUGAUUCUUAUAUUUAAUAAUAAAAUAAAAACUCUGUAUUUUUUUUUUAUACAUGUUUUUUUUUAUUUGGAAUAAAGGAUAAAGUUACAA